CAAUUCCUCUGCAUCCCCUCGGCCUUGACACUACGUGCUGUGGUUCCACUGGUGGGGUGGGCCUGAGGCUUGGGGGGCUGUGUGUGCUGCAGGGUGCACCGGGGGCACAGCCCCCAGCUGGGGGUGCCCUGGAGCUGAGGUGGGGGCCAUGUCGACGCUGGCCCCCCUGCGCCUGCUGCGCGAGCCCUGGAACACCAGCAAGGGCAACCAGAGCAACGUCACCACUGUGGGCAGCAGCACCUGGUGCCAGGGGCUCGACAUCCCCAACGAGUUCUUCCUCACGCUGGGGCUGGUGAGCCUGGUGGAGAACCUGCUGGUGGUGGCCGCCAUCCUGAAGAACAGGAACCUGCACUCGCCCAUGUACUACUUCAUCUGCUGCCUAGCCAUCUCCGACAUGCUGGUGAGCGUCAGCAACCUGGUGGAGACACUCUUCAUGCUGCUGAUGGAGCACGGCAUGCUGGUGAUCCGUGCCAGCAUCGUCCGCCACAUGGACAAUGUCAUUGACAUGCUCACCUGCAGCUCUGUUGUGUCCUCCCUCUCCUUCCUGGGGGUCAUCGCCGUGGACCGUUACAUCACCAUCUUCUAUGCCCUGCGCUACCACAGCAUCAUGACGCUGCAACGGGCUGUGGUGACCAUGGCCAGCGUCUGGCUGGCCAGCACCAUCUCCGGCACCGUCUUCAUCAUCUACUAUCGCAACAAUGCCAUCCUCCUCUGCCUCAUCAGCUUCUUCCUCUUCAUGCUGGUCCUCAUGCUGGUGCUCUACAUCCACAUGUUCGCCCUGGCCCGCCACCACCUCCGCAGCAUGUCCAGCCAGCAGAAGCAGCCCGUCUACCGCAGCAGCAGCCUGAAGGGAGCUGUCACCCUCACCAUCCUCCUGGGUGUCUUCUUCAUUUGCUGGGGACCCUUCUUCUUCCACCUCAUCCUCAUCGUCACCUGCCCCACCAAUCCCUUCUGCACCUGCUUCUUCAGCUACUUCAAUCUCUUCCUUAUCCUCAUCAUCUGCAACUCAGUGGUUGACCCCCUCAUCUACGCCUUCCGGAGCCAGGAGCUCCGGCGGACGCUGUGGGAGGUGGUGCUGUGCUCCUGGUAGGCAGUGGGACACCGAUAAUGGCAUGGCCGCUCCCGCCACGGGAUGGACAGAUGGACGGAUGGACAGAUGGAUGGAUGGAUGGAUGGACGGAUGGAUGGAUGGGAUGCCCUGCGGGGUGUCCCCCAAUCCAGGCUGAUGGGCUUGUGGUACCCAAUAAAGGCUCUUUGCAAUGA